AUGAUAGCCAACACCAACCGCCAGAUUGUGCUCGCUGCGCGCCCGGUGGGGGCGCCGAAGGAGACGGAUUUCCGCCUCGUCGAAGGGCCGGUGCCGCCGCCGGCAGAGGGCGAGCUGCUGGUGCGGACGAUCUGGCUCUCCCUCGACCCCUAUAUGCGGCUCCGCAUGGGCACGGACCUCCGCUACUACCCGCCGAUCCCGCUCGGCGACGUGAUCGUGGGGGGCGCGGUCAGCCGGGUGGUGGAGAGCCGCCACCCGAAAUUCGCGCCCGGCGAUAUCGUCGACGACUACACCGGCUGGCAGGACUACGCCAUCGCGCAGGGCGCGAGCGCGCGCAGGGUGAACCCGGCGCUGGGGCCGCUGUCGACGGCCGUCGGCGUGCUCGGCAUGCCGGGGCUCACCGCCUAUCUCGGCCUCGUCAAGGUCGGCCGGCCCGCGCCCGGCGAUACGGUCGUCAUCUCGGCGGCGUCGGGCGCGGUCGGCGCGGUCGCAGGCCAGGUGGCGAAGAUCGCGGGCUGCCGGGUCGUCGGCAUCGCCGGCGGGGCAGAGAAGCUGCGCUACCUCACGCAAGAGCUCGGCUUCGAUGAGGCCAUCGACCGGCACACCGACGACUUGCCCGGCGCCCUCGCCGCGGCGUGCCCCGAUGGCAUCGACGUCUACUUCGAGAAUGUCGGCGGGCCGAUCGGCGAUGCGAUCUAUCCCCUGCUCGCUCACGGCGCCCGCGUCGUGAUCUGCGGCGGCAUUUCCCACUACAACGCGACCGAGCCGCCCAAGGUCGCGAGCCACUCUCGCGCCGAUCCUCUUCACCGAGACCGAGGUGAAGGCUUCAACAUCUACUCCUACGGCGCGCACUACGAGCACGCGCGCAAGCGCCUCGCCCGCUGGCUGGGGAAGGCCGGCUCGCCUUCAAGGAGGACAUCGUGGACGGCCUCGAGAACGCGCCGAUGGCGUUUCAGCGCUUCUUCGACGGGCAGCAACUUCGGCAAGCUGCUGGUCAGGGUCUCGGCGGAGUAG